AAAAUGAAGAAUCAUCACAAUCGAGAGUCGAGCAGAUUGGCCGCACUCUCUAUAUCUACGCGACAUAGCAGAGAUGGCGACAGCCUCCUUAUCUGCUUCUCCACGCCCGUUUCUUCUCUCCUCCGACUUCAUUCGAGCUCGCACACAGAAACCCGCUUCCCUCUCAUGGUCUUCUUCGUUUCCCCACCUCAACUUGUCCAUCAAUUCAAUCUCAAACCCUCCAAAUCCCGCAUUCAACAAGCUUAUUUUUCACCAUAUGGUUUUGCCUGUGUUCUAUGGCGUGGAUCCAUCAGAGGUUAGGAAACAAAAAGGGGAUUAUGCAGAGGCAUUCGUGAGACAUGAAGCGCAAUUCAAGGAAGGAAAGUGUGAAGCAAAGAAAUGGAUGGAGAAAUUGAAAAGGUGGAGAGAAGCACUGGAGGAAGCAGCUAAUUUGGCAGGGAUGGCUUUACAUAAUCAUGCAGAUGGAGAGAGAGAGAGAGAGAGAGGUGAAAAGGUGGCCAAACCUCAAAAGGUGUCCAGUGUAAGGUUCAACAAAGACAAGUUGCAUUUUACACAAUUGAACGCAUGCUUUAUGCAGAAAUUUUGGACAUAUGUUAGAGUUUUCGUGAUAAGAGGAUACUAAUUACUAGAUAGGAAUAGUCUUUAUGUUUCCUAACU